UUCCACCUGAAUUCAGUAAUAACAAUAAAACCUGACCGGACCUCCUCCACAACCUCACCGCAAUGUUGUGUUGUUUCUCUCUCCCUCUACUCUUUCCUCUUCUUCUCCUUUCGCUUCUCUUUAUUCCUCCUGUUUCCACUGUUUCUAUCCAUGCAAAGAAACAAUCACAGCCACCAAACACGGAUCUCCAGCCCACCACCAUGGUUCCGUCUGAGGCUGAGAUCCUUUUCAAGAUAAUGGAAUCCAUGUCCUCCGAUCAAACCUGGAGACUCUCCUAUCCAAACCCUUGUAAACCUGCCUCAUCUUGGCCUGGAAUCGAGUGCAAACCAGGCUCAGAUAACUUCCUUCAUGUCUCUAGGCUUGAUUUUGGCUCCUUUCCAAGCCCAAAUUGCAAGAAAACUGCCACAUUCCCAACUAAAGUCUUUACUCUUCCUUACCUGCAGUCAAUGUUCUUCCUCAAUUGUUUCACUCAUACCAAAACUUCUCUCCCUUUUCCAAACAGCCUCUCAAAUUCUUCACUUCGACAACUAAGUCUCCGUUCGAAUCCGGCACUUGUUGGUCCCAUUCCACCACAAUUGUCUUCAUUGAAGUCCCUACAAAUACUCACAUUGUCACAAAAUCAUUUCACUGGACCAAUCCCUGUUGAAAUAUUCAGCUUGACCUCUUUAGUGCACAUAGAUUUGAGCUAUAACAUGCUAACAGGUACCAUCCCAACCCAAGUGGGUAAUCUGAAAAACCUUCUAGGCCUUGAUUUGAGCUAUAAUUCUCUUACAGGCCCAAUCCCUGAGACGAUUGGCCAGCUCGCUAUGCUUCAAAAGCUUGAUUUGAGCUCGAAUUCACUUGUCGGUAGGAUUCCUGAUAGCAUUGAAAAGCUCAAGUUUUUGAUUUUCAUGGCUUUGAGUAACAACAGACUUGGAGGAAAUUUUCCAAAAGGAUUGUCUAAGUUACAAUGCUUGCAAUACUUUAUUAUGGAUGAUAAUCCAAUGUUCGUAACUUUGCCCGUAGAGCUUGGCAUGUUAGUGAAACUACAAGAGCUCAGGCUUGCCAAUUCAGGGUAUUCAGGCACUAUACCACCUAGCUUGUCAAUGCUUAUGAAAUUAAGCACUCUGUCUCUUCAAAACAACAGAUUAACAGGGGAAAUCCCAACGAGUUUUGCAAGUUUCUCUCACAUUUAUCACUUGAAUCUCAGCAGAAAUUUGCUUGAUGGAGUUGUUCCAUUCAAUGCAAGUUUCUUGAAGAGGUUGGGGAGGAAUUUGGAUCUUAGUGGAAAUCCAGGUCUCUGUUUGAGUUCAACUGGAGCAUAUAGGGUGAAAAUUGGAGUUGGUAUUUGCCGCAACAAUGUUUCUCUGAGCCAGCCAUUAAACAAGUCUCAAGCUCCACCAGGACUCUCCAAUUCAUUCUUUCUAUUUGGUGUUUUGGGUGUUUUUGGUUUGCAUCAACUAUCAUUUCUAUUAUGAUUUCACUACUAAAAAGUUACUCUUCUUCCUUA